CUGUGCGUUUAGUGAAUGGUGGAAAGCCAGACCUAAUCUCCACCUCCACCCUCAGUCCUCCACAGUCAUGCAACUGUUCGGCUAUACCUCCUGAGCGUCGUCUCUUCCAGUAUUGCCCGUGUAUGUUUUGUGUGAUGAUGUCCUUGGAACAAACGAUAAGGCGGUGUUGGAGCAUGCUGGUUUCAAGGUGAAGGCAUAGGGCGUGAUAGACUUCUUCAGACUAGCAUCAACUCUUGGAAAUUCCCACAGGUUUCAGUAUCUGUAAGGGUAGUCCCAGUCAGAGUUCUUUCAUUGUUAGGUUUUGUGGUAGCAAUGGAUCCUCUUGGUUCUGUUAUCGACAAAUUGAAAGGUUUUACCAAAUCAAGCCAUGAAUUCUUCACCGGCCUCAUCCGCGGCCGAAACUCUGCUUCUCGCAAUCCGAUUGAAAUCCUAAAACGUUUACAGAGAGAAGCAUUUUCGGAUCUUAUGAAACUCAGGGAAAGACAAGACAAGGUUGAGAGAGUACUUUCCUUCUAUAAACCCUCGACUGGAGGUCCAUUUCAAGAAGCUACCACCCAUGUAAGAGGACGAGUGGAUCUCUUGGGGGCUUUGUUGUUGAUGAAUGAUAUUAAUGAGCAGAAUUUAGAUGUAAUAAGUAGAGCUGGAUUAAGGACUGGAGUUGAAUCAACGUUAAUUUUUGAAACAAACAUCAGGGAUAAGGAUACUCUUGUUGCAGAGUUUGUGACCAGUCAGAAAGGUAUGGAACAUCACACUGAUGUCCUGGGAAGCACACUUUCUCUGGCAAAACUUUGUUAUAUUGCAAAAGUUAGUGAUUGGUUAUCUGUGAUGGCUAUCCCUAUGGGAGCUCAAUGCAAAGAUGCUGCAAUUGCUUCAAAAUCUUUCCACCAGCACGGAAAGGGCCUUACAGACGUUUCCUCUGUCGUACCACCGCUGCUGAAUCUGCAGAACGGUAGUGCCAUCAGCAUGAUGGUGAGAAAAUCAAAUAUUGUUGCUUCACUGGCUCAGUUUGUAUCCGGGCUAGGAAUGCAAUCAGGUUAUGAUGCACCUAAGAAUUGGUCCAGCACUUUCGCUGAACUGUCAUGUCAACUUCCUAGAGGAACGAAGCUGUCUGUUAUGGGGCUCUACCGAGUUCCUCUUUCAUCAACUGAACCAUCAAAACUUGGAGCUCUUACAAUUCCAAUACUCACAUCAAAACGACCAGAGGUACCUGAAACUAUCUAUGAAACAUUUCCAUGGUCGGAAUCAAAGACAUGUCUUUCCACUCGAUCAAGUGCCCUGACAUUGGAGUCAGAACUUGAUGACAUCACAAAAAUUGGAGGUUGGGUUGAGAUGAACGAAUCGAAUCUUAAGUGGGGCGUGAGCAUGUCUGACGUCUCUGAAGAUUCAUUUGGCUGGGGAAUGAGCCUCAAUGGGAUUAUUGGAGAUUCAACAACUGGGGAUCUCUUUCAGGCUGAAUCCUAUCUGAAAUUUAACUUGGGUUAUAAAUUCUGCUUGAAGCCAGGCUUUGCUUAUGUGGCUGCUGGGAAUUCUAAAAUAGCUGGUUUAAUGCUUCGCUCCAGUUGGUCCUUCUGAUCAUUCAACUUCUACACAGUUACAUUGAUAUGAACCUUUUGCUUUGUUCAGGAUCCCAUUAUUUUUUUCUUCUACAUACAUCACCCAUAUCAUAUUUUUUUUUUGGUCAUUGAUCGUUCUGUACUUAUAAAUCCAAAUUCUCUCUUUAAAAAAAACUACAUUUUACUUAUCAAGUUAGUUAUACAAUAUAAUUCUUCUCAUUAUUCGCUUAGCAGAUGGCAUACUAGUA